CGGAGGACGUGUCUCUGCGGCUCCGGUGGACAUCAUGGCCGCGGACAGCGUCGCGUCCCCGGGAGGACACGGAGGACACGGAGGACACGGAGGUUCCGGAGGACACGGGGGACACGGGGACACUUGGAGGAGACACAUCGUCCGGCAGCUGAAGACCCGGGACCGGAACCAGAGCGACUCGUUCCAGGACGUGAUCCACUUCUACUCUCGGCUGUUGUAUAAAUCCAGUUUGACCAAUGGAAUCCUGAGCAGACGUCCCUGCACUGACAGCAGCUCUGUCUCGUCUCUACUGAACCAGAACGACCAACUGAAGAAAACAACAGGAGAGUUGGCCUUCCAGGUGCUGGAGCUGCAGCAGCAGAUGAAGAUCAAGCUGCUGCUUCUGGACGAGCAGGAUUCCAGCCUGCUGGCGGAGCGCCGUCGUCUCGCAGGCGCGUUCGAUGUCCGUCAGGAGCUGCAGGGGCGGGCGGUGCAGGUUCAGGAGGAGAACGGGGCGUUGAAGAUGGAGUACGACUUCCUGCUGGAGCGACAGAGGGGGGCGGAGUCAAGACUCCGGGAGGAGAAGGUCAGAGAGGGACACCUGCUGGAGGACAUGAUCCACCUGAAGCAACAGGCCGCCGCCCGGAUGAACAGCCGCAAUCAACGCAGGUCCAGAGCUCGGGAAGCGAACCUCCAGAAGGAGCUGCAGAGCGCUGCAAGGUCAAAGGUCGCUGUCGACAGCUCGUCCAGCGCUCCGACGUCCAGGUCAACGUCCCCGAAGAACGAACACCAGGACAAGUCUGCAGAGCGAAGACACACCAGACUCGUCAGGUCGGCGUCGGCCACGUCCCCGAGGAUCCUCACCUCCAUCAGAGAACUGUUCGACAGGAAGAGGCGUGGUCACUCGGUCUGCAGUCUGGAGGAGGAUCAGAUGAGUCCUGUAGGAAUCUGUCUUUCAGCCAGAGUCCCUGCUCGAGCUCUGCAAGUACUGGAGGCCCAUGAGCAAGGCAUUAACACAGUGAGGUUCAGCUCCAGUUCAGACCUGCUGGCCACAGGAGGAACCGACCGAGUCAUCAAGCUGUGGGAGGUCAGAGCAGGCUCGUUGACCCACAGGGCGACUCUGGACGGCAGCACAGAGGGGAUCACCUGCGUGGACUUCGACUCAACGGGUUCUAGGAUCCUUGCAGCAUCAUACGAUAAGUCAGCCUUGUUGUGGCGGCUGGAUGACUCUGUUCCCAAGUUGAUUCUGACAGGUCACAGCAAGAAGGUCACGGCAGCGAGGUUCAGUCCUUUACUUCAUCAGGUGGUGACAGGAAGUGCAGACAGAACCAUCAGACUGUGGGACCUGCACCGAGCCGCCUGUGUGCAGGUCGUGGACGUGGCGUCGUACUGCAGCGACCUGGUUUGUUCUGAGAACGUUAUCAUCAGUGGACACUACGACUGCAAGAUCAGGAUCUGGGACACAAGGGCGGUGGGCUGCGCUCAGGAACUUCCUGCUCGGGGUAAAGUCACCUCGUUGGACCUGAGCUCCGACCACCGUCAGCUGCUCAGCUGUUGCCGUGACGACUGCCUCCAGCUGGUGGACCUGAGGAGGCGGAGCAACGACCGCACGUGUUUCAGAGCUGAAGGUUUCAAGUGUGGCAGCGACAGCACGAAGGCCGUCAUCAGUCCAGACGGAUGUUUCCUGGCGGCUGGAUCAGCUGACGGCGCAGUUUACAUCUGGAACGUCUCCAACGGCAACCUGGAGACCCGCCUCCCUGACAAACACAGCUCGUCCAUCAGCGCCGUGUCCUGGUCUCCGUCGGGACAAUAUGUCGUCAGCGUGGACAAGAGCCGGCGCGCUGUCCUCUGGAGCGACAUCUGAAUCGGCCAAUCUGGGAGGAGGUCGCAUCGUCACGGCAACACUGCUCACGCCACGUAUCACCUGAAGGAACAACGUGGCUGUUAAAGGAACAUUUAGGUUUUUAAAAGAAUGAAGUUGAUUUGAAUGAAGAAAAUGAACAAAUGUAAAAGGGAAAAAAGAGAAGUUCAUCAGAUUUGAAUCACGAUCGAAGGGAAAACUGUUUGUUUCAGUUUCUCCUGAACUUCAACUCACAUUAUUUAUUGUAUCACCUGCUUCAUCUACUCCUCCAUAUUGUUCUGCUGCUCCAGCUCCAGCCCUGUGUAUUGAAGAAAUUAAUAAAACAUGAUGAGUUAUUCUGGAAUCGGACAAAUAUGAAACAUAAACCUCGAUACUGGCUGAAUAAUCGUCAGAUCAGUGAAUCUGUUUUUAUCAAUGUGGAGUUGAAGUCCUGGUUUCCUCUCGGCUGCUGUCGGGCGAGCUGGAUUUACUUUGAAGGGGCGUCGGCUUCCUUCUGGUGUCUGAGCUCAGAGUGGGAGGAGUUAACAUGUCUCCAUCAGCUGAUCCAGGGUUCCACACCUUGUCUGAACAAAUCACAGCUCUGCUUUUUAACCUGUGAGGCUCCACCCACACAGACAGGCUUCAGUCUCUCAUCGCUGUUGCUAUGGUUACGCCUGGUGGAGUUUUCCUCUGAAUCAGAGACUUGUGUAAACUGCUCUCGUUUCAGUUUGAAAACUCAGACGUUCUCUUCCUGAUUGGUUCCCAUCAGUCACAUGACUCGACGACCAGCGGUGAACACCUGAGUGGACCAAUCCCUGCUCGGACUCUUCACCAUCACUGCUCCUUCAGAGGAGUUUCUGUUACUAAGCAACCAGCUGCAGAGGAGACGAUCUACUUCCUGUUUACAUCACAUGACCAGUGGAGGUGAACGGUCAUGUGAUUUUAGGUGUGUUCGUGUGGGCGGGGCCUUGGUAUCAGGGGACUUAUUACUGACCAAUGUAAAAUAUGAUUAAUUGUUUUUUGAACUUGUUUCUGAACCUUUUAUUUUCUAAAGAUGAAGUGAAACAUCCUUAUUUGAUUGUUUUGUUCAGUUUGAUGUAUUUAUGGUGACCUUCAGGGAUGUGAUGAGGGACGGAGUGAAGACGUCACUUCAGAGACACAUUCUUCUAAUAAUGUUCUGACUCUGCAGCUGUAUCGUGUCUUUGCUCCUAAUAAACUGGCUUCGUCCGUC